AUGAGUCACAGAGGGUUUAGCUUUGAUAAGUUGAAAAGCAAGGUUACCGGUAGAAGAUCAUCUGAAUCUUCUAUCUUUGAAAUAGGUAAGUCAAAGUCGGGGGAAAGAAGGAACAGUGUUUCUAAUCCUAUGAUCAUAAUCGAAGAAUCGGCAAACGAAAAGGGCCGAACGGGAAGUGUUGGAGUUGGGAGUGGAAGGCACGGAUCGCAGUCGAUGUCGGUAAUGAGUGGUGGACCGACAGAUCGUACCAGAUCAAUAUCUACUGGUCGAAAUGUAAGUAAGAAACAGACAAAGGAAUUAAUAAAGCAGGAAACUGCACUGGUGAUUCUGAAAAAAUUGCUACAUGUGUUGCUGGAAUUAGGGUUGCAGCAACCGAUACCUUUGAAUACUACAAAUAAUUCACUGAGUGGACUUGUAUCAAAAUCAGCUAAGGUGUAUGUGGCAAACACCCAUGAUUGUAUAUAUCUUUCGCCUGCUUCAUCUGCCAGUUUCACAUACGAAGAUGUGGAAAACGGGGGCAUACCACAGGAUCAUAUCGACAAUGAGGUGUUGGAUUUAAGUACUGAUAAUAGAAAUUGUGAAGUUAAUCCUGUCGAUGAAGACAUGGGGAAUCCGCUGAUAUCAUUAGUUCCACAUGACGACGAAACACCUUUAGGAGGUACAGAGCCUCCGGAGAGGUUGCGCAAGAAGAUGGAAUCGUUCAAUUCUCCAAACUAUUUAUGUACUAAGAUUGAUUCAGACUCACCAAUACCUCAUACGUUUGCCGUCAUAAUCGAAUUAAAAAAGGAAACAAUUGUCAAAGACGUUCAUUUUGAAUUUCAGUCUGUUACUAAUAUAUUAUGGCCCACAUGCGACCCUUAUAAUAAGAGUUUUGUCAAGGAGAAAUUUAAGAUUGGAUAUAUGGAAUGGCUGGCAAAGAUGUCCGAUGCAUUCUUCUAUAUUAAUACAUCAAAUUCAAAUGAUGUCAAGACAAAGAAAGUCACACCAGAGAAGUUAGCAGAUAUUACAAGAAAUUAUAAAUUAAUAAGCGUCAGAGAUUUAGCUGAUGGAACUGAUGUCUACAACGGAAAAGGUAUUAGUAGAAAAUCAAGUGUGCAGCUUGAUCGUGACGAGGUGGACGAUAAUCAGCACACCCAAAGCACUUCAGGAUCUAGUAGUGAUAUUUGCAAAGAAGGAAUUUACGUCUUUUUGUUGCCUAUAUUAUUACCUGAACAUAUCCCACCAAGCAUUACUACUAUAAAUGGAUCGUUGGCUCAUAUCCUAAAUGUAGAUAUGAAUAAGGUCAGUGCUAAAUUAAACCGUAAAGUGAAAGUGACAGCUUCUUAUAAUUUACCCAUGGUACGGACACCACCAUUACAUGCUAAUUCCAUCGCGGACAAGCCUAUUUAUGUCGAUAGGGUAUGGAAUGAAUCGUUACAUUACAUUAUCACGUUUCCGAAAAAAUAUGUUUCCUUAGGUUCAGAACAUUCGAUCAAUGUUAAGUUAAUUCCAUUAGUAAAAGAUGUUGUUAUUAAGAGAAUAAAGUUUAAUAUUUCUGAAAGAAUAACUUAUGUUUCUAAGAGUUUAUCUAAAGAAUAUGAUUACGAUGGCGAUGAUCCAUUUCACGUUAAUGCUGCUAAUAAUGAUAGAAUCAGGGAAAGGCUUAUAUCAGUUUGUGAGUUGAAGACUAAAAAUAAGUCUUCAAAUUCAAAUUCAGAACCUUAUAAGGAAGAGUUUAUAAAAUGUCCUGAUAAUAAUUUGUUAUUUUCGUGUUACGAACAGCAGUUGUCUGAUGAGGAAAUUGAGAACUUGAAUUUAGACGAUCCAUUAAGUAAGCCACCUAGUAGUGACUCAAGAGACUUGCUAAUUGCGUCACCUUUAGCUGUCAAUGUUGCAUUGCCGUUUUUGACUACUAGAAGUGAUAAAACGAUAUUAACUUCAAGUGUUAACGAUGAUACGUAUAGCGGUGAACAUAGUUCUAAUUCAGCUUCUAGAAAGGCGUCUAUAGUAGCCAAUGAUCCUUCAUCACCGCCAUUUACCACCCCAUCAUCGCCCAUUAUUGGCACAUUAGAAACUAAUUUAACUCAUAAUAACGAUUUUAACGUUCCUCGAAAUGAAACUCACAACGAGAUCAUAACGCCUGAUGCAUCUGCCUUUAUGACAGAGGAGUCUCACAACCAUCUAAAGGAAAAUAUCCAACAGGGUUAUACUACAGUUUCAAAAGCCUUAUACCCAGAUUCGAACUUCCGUCAUAUCCAAGUACAUCAUAGACUUCAAGUUUGUUUCAGGAUAUCAAAACCUGAUCCAAAGGAUAAUUUCAAAAUGCAUCAUUAUGAAGUGGUUGUUGAUACACCGUUGGUAUUACUCAGUGCUAAAUGUAAUGACGAUUCUAUCCAGUUACCAAAGUAUGAUGAAAUUGACUUACCAAUGGGACAAGCACCACCAAUGGGAGGAAAUACCAAGCCAUCUAUUCCAUUUAGGACUCCAAAUUAUGAGAAUAAUGGUGUUUCUAUUAGGCCAUUAACAGACGAUUCUGAGAUAUUGCCAUCUUUUGAGGAAGCGAUUUCUGCACCCACGUCUCCGAUAACACGGUCGAUAUCUUUAGGAGAUGAUCAGAUUAGUCGUAUUCCGUCCAUAAUUCCAGAUGAACCAGCUCCAGCGUAUGAAAGAGAAAUGAGUACACCUUCUGAAGUCAAUAAUGUCUAUAAUAUUGAUUCGAUUGUUGAUGGUGCCGAUUCUCCAAGUACAAAUUUGCGGAGAUCAACAAUUAGGUAUUCCUUAGUUAAUUCAUUUGCACCCUCAAACAGCAAUAACGAUCUGGGAAACAAUGAUCUGGGUAGUGAUGGUCUUGCAUCGAGUAAAUUGGAAUCAGAUGUGCCAUCCAAUGACGGGGGAAACCUUUUAAUGUCCCGUAAAACGGGGUCAUAUGACAAUAUAUCUACUACUCCGACAUCAUCCUCAAAUGGCACCAACUUUUCCGGUUCGUCAGGAAUAUCUGCAACAUCCGGAGAUUCCAUAAUGUAUUCAAACGAAAUGGAUAACCAGACUGUUCCUGAUACAUCUGGAACUGAGACUAGCCAAACAGAUGCUUCAAAUCUCUAUAAGGGAAGUCAGAUUGAAAAUGCUUCUGAAGAGAGUAAUGGCCGUGGAGCUUCUCUAGAAGCACCACCGGAACUCAAUAUGGAUGAAAUUGGUGCUCGUCCUCCUAUUCAACCACACAGUGACAAAUUUAAUAAUGUUGGAAUAUCAACUGACCAAAUAUCUGUGUUGACUAACUUCAAUUUUGAUCAAAGAUUGCCGUUAUUAGAAAAUUCGAGUGUUGAUGAUGUGAACUCUAAUGCACAAACCUCCAUUAAACAUUUCAAUGAAGUUAGCAAUAAUACGGCAGGAAAUCAUGACAAACAAAAACUCUCAAGUGAGAAUUUAACUAUGAUAAUGGAAAUGAACAAAGCACAAGACAUUUAUCGAGCAGUAUAA